UUUACAUUCCUUAUGAUCAAAUCACGAGUAUAUUGAUCAUUUGGAUACCUGAGUAGAAAGGUGUGAAGAAAGAAAAUAUGAAGUUUAUUGUAAAGAGGGAACCAUUACAGUCAAAACCGUGAACCGUUCAGCUGAAAGUGAAACCGAUAAAAUGAUAUUGAUAAAAGGUCUUCCUUUUGUCCUUUUGGUUUUUGUCGAACGGAUUACUUUUUCGAUCACAUGUACAUGUGAGAAUGAAAUGUUGAUCAUUCAAGAGGCUUUAAAUCGCUCCAAUCACAAUGCGAGCAAACUUGAUUCAUGUGGCAUCGUUUGCGAAGUAAAGGAAACUACCGCCGGCAACUCAAAUGGCGUUGUUAUAUUCAUUAUGGUAGAUAAUAACACUUUUCAAUAUUCAGUUUCAACAAAGAAAAUAAUUCAAAGUAUCACCUGUCGAAUAAAUACAGCGGGUUGUUGCAAUAAUAACAGUUUGUCAUCACUGCAAAACACAUCACAGCAAACAGCUAAGCCAGAAUCAACAUCCACAUCAAGUAAUGCGUCUCAAAAUGUAACGAAGGAGACUGCAGAGGAGACCAGUAUUACAACAGUAUUGACAUCCCAUGCAACAAAUUUGCAAGAAACUACAUUAAUUACAACAGUAAGCAAGGAAAGAGUUUCCGAAGCAAGUAUGGUUUGUGAAUGUCCAUCAAACGGAUUAUUCGCAGGGGCAGCAUUUAUUGGACUGUUCAUCGGAGUAUUUACGACUGGGUCUAUUUCGUUUUUCCUACAUAAACGAUGGACAACAUCUAACAAAGGACGAGCCCUUUCCAAUGUUUUUUAUGAGUUAAAUGCGACACAAGCAUCUAUCAGGCCGACUGCAGGAGAGACGUACAAUGAAAUAGAGAAUGAACCUCAAAGUCCAAAGAUAUCGUAUGUUUUGCCAAUCACAAAAGAUGAAACAAAGUCCAGUGUUUCAACAAAUAAUCCCGAAAUCUACCAUCACCUCCGAGAAGAUUAUGAUGUAAAGGACAGAAGUAACUACUAUGAUCAUGCAGUGCCCCUGAACGGUCAACAAGAGAUAGAACCUGAUCAGUAUGGUAAACUUGCAAUUGAAGAAACCGGAGCUUACUCAACUGUAACAAACAUGAAUAAAACUGGCCCCGAACCAGUUAGAAAUGAAGCCUAUUCAACAAUUGAAACGAGCGAAUUUCAUUUGGUUGAAGUUGAAGGCAAUCAUAAUGACAACAGUGCGAGUUAUUUUGUUCUGGCCAAAGAAUAAAAUGAAGUCAAUUUUUGGGAGUUGAUUUUAAUCAACUCUCCUAUGCAGUCACUCAGACAAACCGAAAGUGAAACAGUGUUUGGACCUCAGCACAAAUCAUUGCUGCUGACAAGACUUAGUUCUUGAAAAUAAUUGAUAAAUUCGAUGUAAUGUAUGCUAAAGCAUUGUUUUUCAAGGAAACGUAUUUAUAGAUACCUUGAAAAUAGUCAGAUUUUAAAUGGUACGAACUAUUUAAAUAUUUUUUGUAGUCGUAUGUAUUCCUACGCCAGAGUUCAAUAUGGUCUCGCUCAACUCGACGAUCGGCUGUCUCCGUAAAUCCUUGUCGGAGAUUUACGGUGUCAGCCGAGCGUUUGGUUGAACGAGACUAGAGUUCAAUAUUGCUUGGAUCCAUACAAUUUUUGAGAAAUAUUUCUAUUACUGAUACAUAGUUUGAGUGAAUUAAUUUUAUCUUUAAAUAUUAUUAAACAUGAUUCAUAUGUGGGUUUCUCGACAUUCUUAACGAAAAAGUCCAAAAAAUUCAUAUUAUAAAAAUGUGCGUAAUUCAAAUUAGAAACUACAUGUACUUGUCAUGCAAAAUAACAUAUCAUUGAUUUUAAAAUAAAUAAACAUCGACAAAAUCAACUCCCGCAGUUCUUCAGUACUUUGAUUUUCACUACCCGGGCGCAUCUCUUACUUUUCGACUUUAAUCAAACUAAAUGUAACGUUUGCCUGAAAUUGCUUGUAUAUGUAUUUAAAUUUCUAAGAAAACCGAUUCUCAUGCACUUUGAUUUUCCUUAAAAUUGUAUUUUGAGUUUUUACAUGUGUAGUAUAUCCCAAUGUUUUUGUUAAGCAUAUUUCUUAUUUUGUAAC